AUAUAGAGUAAAGAAACAAAACAAGUAGGUGCAGAAAGCACACCAAACCAAACCAAAUCAAAAAGCAUCCAUGGAAGAAGAAGGAACUUUCCUCUUGUUAACCAAAUUCCGUUGACUCUCCACUCUAUACAUAUCUAUUCCAUUCCUUUUCCCAGCAAAUCCACUCAAACACUAACAGCAAAAAAAGAUGCAUAAUCGAGAUUCAUCUCAAGAAAUCCCAUUACGCGGGAAUCAUAAUAAUUCAAGGGAAAACAUGAUUCACCCAGUUGAUAUUGAAGGCAGACCACCUCCACCUCCAAUGGGAUUUCACCAAGUCAAACAUUUUAAGAAAUGGUUUCCUUGGCUUAUUCCCUUCAUUGUUGUUGCUAAUACCAUUAUGUUUAUAAUCUCUAUGUAUGUUAAUAAUUGCCCCAAAUACUCUCUCUCCUGUUUAGCCCCUUCUUUGGGUCGCUUUGCUUUUCAACCUUUCAAGGAGAAUCCUCUUCUUGGUCCUUCUGCUACUACGCUUGAUAAGAUGGGUGCUUUAUCUAUAGACAAGGUGGUGCAUGGCCACCAAGGAUGGCGUCUGAUCAGUUGUAUUUGGUUACAUGGUGGAGUUUUCCAUCUGCUGGCCAACAUGUUAGGUUUACUAGUUAUAGGAAUCCGGAUGGAGCGAGAAUUUGGUUUUGUAAGGAUGGGCUUGCUGUAUGUCAUUGCUGGACUUGGUGGGAGUGUGAUGUCUGGUCUUUUUGUGCGAUCAAACAUCUCUGUUGGUGCCUCAGGUGCUGUGUUCGGGUUACUAGGUGCCAUGCUUUCUGAGUUGAUUAUUAACUGGACGAUAUACAGUAAUAAGGUGGCAUCAUUGCUAAUGUUGGUUCUCAUCGCUGGAGUCAACCUGGCUGUUGGAAUUCUUCCUCAUGUCGAUAACUUUGCUCACAUUGGAGGGUUUAUUUCGGGAUUUUUCCUUGGCUCUGUAUUUCUGAUCCGACCACAGUUUGGAUGGGUUAGCCAAAAAUAUAUGUCACCUGGUCAUUCUCCGUAUGCAAGGAGGCCAAAAUACAAGAUAUAUCAGUGUACCCUCUGGAUCAUCUCGCUGAUUAUUCUGAUCGUUGGGUUCAUAGUUGCUUUAGUUAUGGUUUUUAGAGGAAUUGAUGGAAAUAAGCAUUGUUCUUGGUGCCAUUACUUGAGUUGUGUUCCUACAUCAAGAUGGAGCUGUAAUUCAGAGCCUGGAUCCUGUAUGCAAAAUCAAUUAGGCAAUCAGAUGAAUUUGACAUGCCUGACGAAUGGGAAAUCAAGAACUUAUAACUUGUCAAAUAUCACCAAUUCUCAGCUGAAUGGCCUGUGCAGCCAGCUGUGCAGCAAGUUCAGAUAGGUCCCUAAAGAGGUGUUAAGAGCUACCUACUUGCAUAUAAAGAACGGUUAUGUAAAGCUAUAAACUUGUUCACAAGUGCCUUUAUUUUUUUUCAUACAUCCUGAUGAUUUUUGUAAAUUUUGCUGAUUCAAAUUUAUACGAUUGUAUCAUCCAAUAGAUUUAUGAAGAGAUGCUAUGGAAGCUAAUAGUUAAGUUA